AUGGCUCGACCGAAUACUCUCUUCACUCUCGUUGCCGUCGCUGUCUUCGUUCUCUACCUUCUCCACAACCCUUCUCGUACAUCAACCCCCAUAACCGCCAUCGUAGAACCGCAGCAGCCCGAGGCUCAGGUACAAUCUGCCAUCCAUCAUGUUCUCACUCUUCCGCAUCAUCUGCAUACCUACUCGUCCGACGACGUCUUGGAUCUUCCAAGUCUACCGUCGGGUCCGCAUAACGCUGCCUUCUCUCCGCCCACCUGGUACCAGGAGCUCUCGACCGAGUCGAUCGAGCAAGCCAUCGCCUCGUUACUAGCGAUGGACAACCCAGAUGCGCCGAGCAACAAGAACAAUUCUGCUCCCAUCCAGGUUCUGCCCUUCUACUAUCGCGCAGCUCGCAGUCCGGAUCCAUCAGCGAUCACGAUCACGACGCUUGUGACGCCGUCCCGCUAUCCUGUUCUCUCUCGUCUAGCAUCCCACUACAACGGCCCGAUAUCCGUCGCGGUGCCAUUCCAAUCCCCGCUCUCUCUUCCUUCGCUACACGAGUUCUACACGUCUAAUCCAGCCAUCGUGGAACAUGUCGAUAUUCACCUGAUCCUCAACUCCCCUCCUAGGGCAUUCAACACAUGGCGAAACGUUGCGCGUGCCUUUGCUCGGACGGAUACGAUCCUAAUGCUCGAUGUGGACUUUUACCCGUGCACGCCGUUUGCACAGCGCAUACAAGGAAGUCAGAUAGCCCUGAAUCUUCUGGAGAACAACGCUAUGCUCGUCCUUCCCGCGUUCGAGUACGCAUCCAUCGAUGCGGGGAAGUACACCUCCCUCUUCCCUGUGGCAAAGCGAGAUCUGCUGCCUCUCUUGGAAAACGGCGAGAUUGGACAGUUCCACGGGGCUUGGCGACCGGGACACGCAGCCACCAAUUACUCACGCUUUGCCAACGCUACCUCAGGCGAGAUCUACAAGGUGAAGGACUAUCAUCCCUCUUACGAGCCGUACGUCAUCUUUCAGCGAGAGAACGCCCCGUGGUGCGAUGAGCGAUUCAUCGGAUAUGGAGCUAACAAGGCCGCAUGCCUCUUUGAGAUGUACAUCUCUGGUCGAUCUUUCUACGUCCUCGCGGACGACUUUAUGAUCCAUCAGAGUCAUCAGUAUCUUGAGAGCACACGGAAAGCCGAGAGGCAGCUUAACAAGAAACUCUACCCGUCAUUUAGGGAAGAGAUAUGCCUCAAGUAUCUGAAGCAUUAUGUGGAGAGCGCUAUUAUGGGCAGCCAGAUAACGCAUAAUGCCAGGAACGAAUGUAUGAAGAUUGCCAAGAUCAGGAAGAAGUUCCCCAUGAUGCUUGCUGGAAAGCGAUUGCAGGUCAACGGCAUGAUGCCUUGA